CCUGAAAGUAGAAACUGCAAUCCAUGGUUCAGUUUCCUUUAAACAGCUUGCUACACACAUCACAAGUUAACAAUCAUUGGAACUGAUGGGGGCAUGUGAGCAUGUUUUUUUUUUAAAUAGCCAAAGCACCUUUAAGUAACAUCAAACUAAAUAUGUAUGUGAUUAGAAUUGAUUUCAUGUGAUUUUUACCUUCUUUUUUUAAACAUGCUCACAUGCUCCUUUAACUGCCAUAGACUUUUAGCUUGUGGUGGCUAAGGUUACCUGAAUUGUGUAGUGGCUGUUUAAAGAAAACUGAACCAUGGAUUACAGUUUCUCUUGGCCCAUAGACUACUUUCAGGGUGAGGAACCAUCUAACAUCAAGUUGUAAAAUAGUGAACUACUCCUUUAAUAAAGAGGCUAAAGCAGUGUUUCCAAAACUCGGUCCUGAGGACCCCAAGAUGUGCUUGUUUUGUUUGUUGCUCUAGCACUACACAGUUGAUUCAAAUAAUCAAAGCUUGAUAAUGACUAGAUUAUUUGAACCAGCUGUGUAGCGCUGCUUGGGGUCCUCUGGACUGAGAUUGGGAAACAAUGGGCAAAAGUAUGCUAACUAUGAGGACAUGAGACUGGACAGGCUGUGUAUGUGUAGACUACUGAGUAGGGGAAAUGAAUGUUGAAUGUUUAACUGUGCAUUCCCCCUCUUUCUGGUAAGAUGGCGUCUAGCUCUGAACUGCCCCUUCUCCUCUCUCUCCAUCUCCCCACCCGCUUUCCCCCUCUCUCCUCUUGCUCUCCCUCUCUCACUAGGUCAUAAAUCUGUUGUUGUUUAUGAAAAUGUACAAAAUAGCAAUACAGCUUUAAGAGGCUCCUCCUUUCCCAUUGGUCCACACUGGUCACAUGGCAUGGAGCCGUGAACAUGAACUUUUUUAUAUAUAAUUUUCCAGAAGAGAACGUCACUCAUUUAACAGCCUGUGUCUGCCACACAACCCUUUCUGUACUGUAAAAGCUUUUGCUCCUCAAUGUCAUUGUUUAUGUAUUUUCGUCAUGGGUAAUGCUGUUUCGCUUUUGAGUUGAGUUUUGUAUUAUGCAGUGGCAAGGAGCCGUGUCCCUUUCUUGGAACCGGACGGUUUGGUUCAAUACCGUCGUUCUCGGUUUGGCACAAUGGACGGAUUGAGUGGGAGCGCGUUGUCGCCUGACCCCGGGGGCUCGUGGAUUCGUCCAGGGACCCAACUGGCACAACAGGGGAUCUUCCCCGGUCUACCUCGCGCCAACUGCACCUGUCCGUCCUCUUCUCGUAACAUCCCCACGCACCAUGAGACCUGAACACGGCUGUAAGUGUUCCUUGACCGUUACACCCACUCCUUGCUCACCAGAACGCCUCGCGAUGGACCCUGCAUGCCGGACGCACACGAGAAGACAGCUUCGGUCUCGAGAAUUUUGCGUAAAUAAAUACCAUCCAUCCUACAGUCUUCACGAGAUCCUGCCCUGCCAUCGGUUCACCCGAGGAGGCCAUUGGCGGAGAGGCGUCACGUGACCAAGGGGUGCCAAUGUUAUUCUACAAGGGUGUCAAGACCCUGUCAGUUUCUGAAAUAAAUAUUGGGAAACGGCGAGAUGCAAAAGGCAACCUACCUCGACAGCUCCGCAAUUUACAGUGGCUACCCGUAUCAAAGCGCAAAUGGCUUCAGUUAUGACGCCAAUCAGGUUCAAUAUCCCCGGGCCUCUCAUGUGGAAAGUGAGUACCAUCGACCCGCCUGCUCCCUGCAGUCCCCAGACGGCUCGGUCGCACUGAAGAAGCCGGGGAAGAUAGCAGAGAGCUGUGAUAGGAGUACGGCCAUCCAGGCUGCGCAGCCACCCGUCCUCACCGACAGCAAUCAACCACAGGUGUCGGUGUCUGUCCCGCCACCCCCUCCCCAGUCACAGUCCCCUGGUUCUCUCAACCAGAACAAGAGCAACGGCUCCAGUCAAGCCGACUCAAAUGGCUCCGUACACGGCUCGCCGACCUCCACCACCCGGAAACAUAUCUUCCCAUGGAUGAAAGAGUCCCGUCAGAACCAGAAGCCUAAAACCAGUAGCUCCAGCUCAGUUGAGAGUUGCCAAGGAGACAAGAGCCCUCCGGGCGGGUCAGCCGCGUCGAAAAGAGCCCGUACGGCUUAUACCAGCGCACAACUGGUGGAACUGGAGAAGGAGUUCCACUUCAACCGUUACCUCUGCAGACCCCGCAGGGUCGAGAUGGCUAACCUGCUCAACCUCACGGAGCGGCAGAUUAAGAUCUGGUUCCAGAACCGCAGGAUGAAGUACAAAAAGGAUCAGAAAGGGUGCGGCAUGAUGCCCUCUCCCGGGGGACAUUCCCCUCGGAGCCCCCUCGGUCAAUCUCCCGGUAGUGGGGGUGGAGGAUACCUCACCUCUAUGCAUUCUCUGGUUAACAGUGUCCCCUAUGAGUCCCAGUCGCCAACGUCUUAUAAUAAGCCCCCUCAUAAUGCAUACGGUAUGUCCACGUCAUAUCCUCCUCCCUUGAACAGCUCACUAAACAACUGCCCGCCCUCUCAGAAGAGGUAUUCAGGGACUGGCGGCUCGCCAACGCCCGAGUAUGACGCGCAUCCUCUCCAAGGCAAUGGGGGCUAUGGGGCGCAGUUGCAGCAGGGCAGCCCUGUGUAUGUUAGCGGAGGCUACAUCGACUCGAUGCCCAACAACGGGUCCUCCAUUUUCGGCCUGACCCAUCUCUCGCACCCGCCGUCCACACACAUGGACUACAAUGGAGCAAUCACUAUGGGCAAUAGUCACCAUCACGGACUGUGUGAUCCGAACCCGACGUACACAGACCUUACGCCGCACUACUCUCAGGGAAGAAUUCAGGAAGCGCCCAAACUGACGCAUCUGUAGCCUGGAUGCACCCCGGAUCACUCCGCCCCAUUGUCCUAUACCUCCAGACCUACCGUCGCUUUGUUCCUUCUCUUCUUCAGUAGCUUCUGCCACCCUUUCUUUGUUUUACGUUUUGUUUUUUAAAUAGUUGAAUGUGUGAAGUAGGAUAGGAAAGUAAUCACUUUGCUUAAAAUAUGAUGUCUAUUUGCUAUGGUGACAUUGUUCCACGAAGACAUAUGAUCUGAUAUGAUAAACGCGGGGGCACAAAUGCAUAGGCCUAUUUAAUCAUUAACUUGUUUCUAAAAACAAAAAUCAAACAGGGUAUAUGAACAAAUAUUAUGGUAUUCUUUUUGAUGUGAAUUUUUGUUAUUUAUCCACAGUUAAAUAUAUGUGUUUGUGUUAUUGUUUUGCAUUUUGUUGCACUUGUGGAAGGAUCCUUAUAGGAAUCAUGUGCAGGGUUUUUUGAGACAAACACACACACACAAACGAAGGUCUGGAAGCUCCAGCCUAUGACCUACCCAAAUUGUGUUCUGUUGGACUUUCAACAUUUUAUUUAUUUUUGUUCUGACGUAAUAUGGAGUUCUUUAGUAUUAUUUAACCACCCUGUGCUCUUUGUAUGUGGGGAGAAGGUUAUUGGAAACAGACCUCUAGUUCUACCCCUUACCUGACGGCAGACAGACGACGGACAGACCACAGACAGACGACUCUCAGCAGCACAUAAUAUGCUGGUGUUAUUUUUCUUCGAGGAGGUAUUUGAUUUCUCUACGAAUGUAAAUCAUGCAAUAAGGUUGGAAGGAAGGACAGACAUUAGAAUUUUUUUUAUUGCAAAAAAAAAUAUUUCAGAUAUUACCAAGUUUCUGUUUCAAUGUCAUUACAUUCCAUCCUGCUGCAGUUCGGUUAAAUAAAGAAAUGAUUUUCAAUAUAAA